AAGAGGUCUUGGAAUGAAACCUAGUGGGAAUUCCCUGGUGGUCCAGUGGUUAGGACGGGGCACUUUCACUGCCGGGGCCUGAGUUCAAGUUCGAUCCCUGGUGGUCCAGGAACAAAAGUGCCGCAAGCCACGUGGUGUGGCCGGAAAAAGAAAAAAAGAAGGAAACCUACCCUGCCAGCAUCUUGAUCUUGAAGUUCCCAGCCUCCAGAACUGUGAGACAGAAAUGUCUGCUGUUUAAGCCGCCUAACCUGCGGUACUUGUGUGGCAGCUCGAGUUAAGAGAGGCUGCCCAGUUAUGUCGCCAGCGAGGAGAGCCGGAUCCUCGUUCUCACUGAGCUGCUGGAGAGAAAAGCCCACUCUCCAUUUUACCAGGAAGGCGUGAGCAACGCCCUGCUGAAGAUGGCCGAGCUGGGGCUGACACGUGCAGCUGAUGUGCUCCUGCGGAACGGGGCCAACCUCAACUUCGAAGACCCCGUCACCUACUACACGGCCCUGCACAUCGCUGUCCUGCGAAACCAGCCUGACAUGGUGGAGCUGCUGGUGCGCCACGGGGCUGACAUUAACCGGAGGGACCGGAUCCAUGAGAGCAGCCCCUUGGACCUGGCGAGCGAGGAGCCGGAGCGCCUGCCCUGUCUGCAGCGCCUCCUGGACCUUGGAGCAGACGUCAACGCGGCCGACAAGCAUGGGAAGACUGCUCUGCUCCAUGCUCUGGCCAGCAGCGACGGGGUGCAGAUCCACAACACCGAGAACAUCCGGCUCUUGCUGGAAGGAGGGGCGGACGUCAAGGCGACCACCAAAGACGGGGACACUGUGUUCACCUGCAUCAUCUUCCUGCUGGGCGAGACGGUGGGAGGCGACAAAGAGGAGGCCCAGUUGAUCAACCGCUUCUGCUUCCAAGUAACGCAGCUGCUGCUGGCUCACGGCGCCGACCCCAGCGAGUGCCCGGCCCACGAGUCUCUCACGCACAUCUGCCUCAAGAGCUUCAAGCUGCACUUCCCCCUCCUGCGCUUCCUGCUGGAGUCCGGAGCCGCCUAUAACUGUUCCCUCCACGGCGCAUCCUGCUGGUCCGGCUUCCACAUUGUCUUCGAGAGGCUCUGCUCCCACCCAGGCUGCGCUGAGGACGAGAGCCACGUGGAGCUGCUGCGCAAAGCUGAGACCGUCCUGGAUCUGAUGGUGACUAAUUCCCAGAAACUCCAGCUGCCUGAAAACUUCGACAUCCAUCCUGUGGGCAGCCUGGCAGACAAGAUCCGGGCCCUUCAUUUCUCCUUGAGGCAGCUGGAGAGCUACCCCCCACCCCUCAAGCACCUGUGUCGCGUUUACAUCCGGCUCUACCUCCAGCCAUGGCCUGUGGAUGCGAAGGUCAAGGCCCUACCUCUGCCCGACAGGCUCAAGUGGUACCUCCUCAGUGAGCACAGUGGCACCGUUGAAGAUGACAUCUGACAGCUCCGACUGCAGGAACAGAGUCUGGGCAGCUCAGGCAACCUGCUGGAUUUAAGUACCCGUGGUGGCCCUAGGGAGGAACCUUCGGUCCCAUCUGUGAGAAGGUGCAGGUUGGAGGCGAGACUGGAUCCUUACUGAGGAUGAAGAAAGCCAGGUAGAGCCUGGAGGCUGCAAGCAUUCCAAUGGAGAGAGGCCUGUGUGUCUUCUGGGGGGACCACCCCCGCUUCCCUCUGGCAGUGCCCCCAAGUCUCAACCCACAAUGGAACAAGGGACAGGGUUUAGAUUUGGGACAAGUUUAUGCCUUCUUAAUUUGAGGGGAGCGCCGGGCAUUUGGAGAAGCAGGGUAGCUCCAAGACCGAGCCCUCCUGCGAGCUGCAGCAAGCUGGCCCGUCCGGGCGGGAGGGGCCUGUGGGGGUGCAGCCCCGCUGAGCCCCUUGACUCCCGCCUCCUCACUCUAGAUUCUGUCAAAAAAAUAAGUGCUUUGGGGUGGGCAGGGAGAAAGUUGAGCUGACUCCUGCCGGCUCCUACAGCUCUGCGGCCAAGUCACCCACCACCCCGCCCACCAAGGCACAGGGCUCUGCUCUGGUGGCAGCCCUGUUUGUGCCAAACCUGGGGUUUGGGGGACCAUGCUUUCUACAAAGCAGUCAUGCAUGACAAGGGGCUGUCUUUCCAAAAUGUCUCGCUUUGUGAGGGUUCAUCUGAUGGAGAAAGCGACCAAGACUGAACGCCAGCCUCAGCCCUGUGCUGAGCCCUCACUAAGCAAGUCACACAAGGUGGUCAUUGUGAACUGUGUAAAUGCCUGGGAGAUAAGCUGAGGUGACUGAAUGAUUUAUUUAUAUUAUAAAAUUAAACUGAUUUCUCUUGGCCUUAAAGGUCCUUGUAUAUAACAUUUCUGCCCCACCCCGCCUUUCCUGAGUUCAGGAUAAAGGGAGCCCAUGGCAGCCGGAAGAGGCUGCAGGCACAAGGAGACGCUGCAUUUAGAAGAGCUUUCAGGUAGCUCAACACUGUUGCCCCAGUAAAGAAAAGCACCACUCCAGACUGGCAAGGGCCUUUCCAGUACAGGGGUUCACCCUUUUAUUUUUGACUGAAAAGGCCCCCCAAAGAGGAGCCACAAGGCUCAGCCAAGAGUGAAGCUCCAGGCCUCUCCCCUCGCUGCAGGCUGUGGUGAUGGUCACAUUAAGGACAGCAGGGCCCAUCUCCAAAUAGCAUGCAGAACGGGGACGUCCCACCCAUCGCACGACCCAGCAGGCACCGCGUGGGCUCAAGGCAGGCAGGAGGGUGCAGAGAGCUGUUCCACGGGCCCGGCUCCCUUCCUCCCCCAAGACUCCUCUCCUCCCCCAACAUAAAGUCUUCAACAGCCGUGCUAAGGGUUAUUCUCUUCUUAAGGCAGCCAGGCCUAUGGCAGGAAGGCCAGGUGGUGUUACUGGAGCACUGAUUCCCUUCCGAUGGGAUCGCCAGAUUCCCACAAGGG